AUCGAUAUGUGCGCAGAAUAGGUGCGCGCCAUCUAUUCAAUGCCCGAAGUCGAUACUUUGUAUUAGUCCGGACUUGGCGGAUGAAUUUCAUUUCAAAUCAGUGAAAUUAUUCCGUGAUUUCGGCCGAUUGUGCUUUGUACCGGACUGACAAUAUUUUAUUAUUUCGCCGGUAACGACUAAGUGAAAAUGGCGUUUGCUGGAUUAAAGAAACAGAUAAAUAAGUGUAACCAGUAUGUUACGGAGAAGAUGGGAGGUGCCGAAGGCACUAAACUGGAUUUGGACUUCAUGGACAUGGAGAGGAAAACGGACGUCACGUAUGAAUUAGUCGAAGAAUUACAAAUAAAAACGAAAGAAUUUCUGCAACCGAAUCCGACAGCGCGCGCGAAGAUGGCCGCUGUUAAGGGGAUCAGCAAACUAAGCGGCCAGGCGAAAUCAAACACCUACCCCCAGCCGGAGGGUGUCUUAGGAGACUGCAUGCUGACCUACGGACGCAAACUGGGGGAUGACAGCAUGUUCGGGAACGCUCUAGUCGAAAUGGGGGAAUCACUUAAACAAAUGGCCGAUGUUAAAUACUCGCUCGACGAUAAUAUUAAGCAAAACUUCCUUGAACCACUCCACCAUUUACAAACUAAGGACCUUAAGGAAGUUAUGCACCACAGGAAAAAACUGCAAGGGCGCCGGUUGGACUUCGACUGUAAGCGAAGACGGCAAGCUAAAGGUGCAAAAAAUAUUUCAGAUGACGAGAUUAAGACUGCGGAAGAUAAGUUUGCAGAGUCUCUGCAUCUUGCUCAAAUGGGAAUGUUCAAUUUAUUAGAAAAUGACGUAGAACAAAUUUCACAAUUAGCCACAUUCGCUGAAGGACUGCUGGAGUACCACGUGCAGUGCACGGAGAUCCUCAAGCACUUGAACGAAAUCCUACUGGAAAAGAAAGAAGAGGCCGCAAAUCGUCCGAAAGUCGAAUUCGUGCCGAAAACCCUCGCGGACUUACACAUAGAGGGUGUUUCAGACGGAGUUAAUGGUAUUCAUCACAACAAUAUCAACACAAACCAUCACAAUUUUACAAAUAGUGGCCACCAGUUUAAACGCCCCGCCCCCAAAACCAUUCCCAUCAAACAAUCCGACCCGUUCGACCCCUGGAGCUUUCCCCCAGGCUCUUCGCAAGUGUCUUCUCCACAACACAAGCCACAUCAACUUGAGUUGCAUCCAGGACAACAGUCUGCUAAUGCGUCUCCACUGCCGUCCCCAAUGAAAUCACCAGCAAGAACGCCAAUGAACCGACAGCCUUGUUGUACAGCGCUGUACGAUUUCGAUCCCGAAAAUCCCGGCGAAUUGGGCUUUAAGGAAAACGAUGUGAUCACUCUGUUAAAUAAAAUCGACGAGAACUGGUUCGAGGGGAGUCUCCACGGGCGCACGGGUUACUUCCCAGUAAAUUAUGUGAAAGUUGAUGUGCCAUUACCAUGAGUUACGGGUUAAUUAAAUUAUACUUCAAUUGAACAACAACCCCUGGUAUCUUUGUUUAGUAAUAAAUAUUGCAUGCCAUUACUGCGUUACUUGCCUUUGUUUUGUAUAAAUUGAAGUAUUUAUUUGUUGACGUGUAUUCAACUGCACUCUGGUAAAAGUGAGAUGCCAUAUUAAGUAGUCAAACGUGCGGCAUUUACCUUAGAGCGAAGCUGACAACUUAUUAAAUCUUCCUUUACUCAAAUGAUUUAUUUCCAUUGUAUAUAACGUACUGUAAAUUUUUAUUUAUGAUAUUUUAACGAUUUAGGUAGCGUGUGAUUGGAGCGUGCAGUUGAAGUCGUUUAAUUGUAAUUAGUUCACGAGAAGUUGCGUACAAGGUUAAGUUUAGUUGUACAUAUUUAGUGCUUUUAGCUUAGUUAUUUUAAUAAUAAUCUAGUUAGUUUAUAUAAUUGUUUAUAUCGUGAAAGCUUAUAAUGUUAUGCAGUUACAAGAGGCUAAAAAUUUUAUAAAAUAAGAGAUGUAAUUAUGGUACAGUUGAGAUUUUUGAGAGAAAACUAUAUGCUUUGAGUUGAAACCUAAAAUGCGUUGAUUUAUCGCCUCUACCUAUCACAACUUGCCAAAUGUUAAUUGCAUGAAAUUGAAACUCAAUGUCUUAAAAUAAGAACAUUUUUGAUGUAGAUUGAUAGAUUUCUGCUGAAACUUUAUUAAUUAUAAUACCAACAAGGAUUUAUAUGCAACCACCGAGUAUUUGGGUGCCGCUUUUUAGAAAAUGCACUAAUUAUCGUUUUGUUUUCCGCAGAGUACUGAUAAAGUUUUGGCCGAAUCACUACAAUUGUUUAACGUUGUCAUUUGACAUGCUAUAGAUGUAUUCCUUAUAUUUGUGUGAAAAUUAAUACCAGAUAUUGUUCGGCUGUGUGUUGUGCUCUGUCUUCGCUGUCACUUUUCUAUUAAUUAUCGAAAACGCCUCUACUCAAACUUGGAACGUUGUCCGCUUUGGAAUACUCAGAUGGUCAAUAUGGAGCAUAACGGAUAGUUUUAAAAGUACUUACUUAUCUGGUUCAUGACAAUACAUUAGAUAUAAAAGUUAAUAUAAGUAUAACCAAUUAAGAAUAUUGUUAUUAGAUCAAACCGUUAUUUUUUACCCUUUCAAUCUUGUUAGUCUAAUUGUCCUCAGUCAUCACUCCAAUUGAUCUCUUCUUUACUUACAUAACACAGGUAAACGGUUUUACUAAAUUUUACGUCAUUAUUCGCUUUGUUCUUUAAAACAAAACGAAUUGUUAUCUAUUUUCUAAAAAUAAAUGUCAUAUUUUUGAAGUUUUUUUGACUGCACUGUUACUCAAACUUGAAUUCAUUAUUGGCCAUAUAUUUUUUAAAGUAUAGCAUGUUACCAAAUAAUGAGAUAUUGUUAAUACACAUGUAUACAAUUUAAAUGUUACCGUAUUUGUGCAUUAAUAAAAAAAGGUGUCAUAUUAAACAA